GAAAAGAUUAUCACGACCAAAUAAUCUCUUCAAUUUUUAGGUUUAAUACUUUAUAUGUUUAACAUGCCUCCAGGUACCGAUGAUCGACUCUAUGAACGAAGGGGAAGGGAAACCGAUGCACUAGUCUUCGCUGCACGGGCAGAUGAGAAUACCCAAGUGGAUUUACGUGGAGACUUCAUACGUAAACCUGAAAUUAAUGAUGAUCAAUGGCAGAGCCUACUCAACGUAGUGGAUUCUUGCAAGGGAUCUCCAGCAGAUAAUUUAAUGGGUAUGAGAAAUCCAAUUGAGUGACUCCUUGACUCAGGAACUUCCUAUCAUAUGACAGGAAGUGCACUGAUUUUGAAGAGGACCGAAAAUUUGACCCCUGUGCCGGUGACUCUGCCAAAUGGAGAAGUAACCCACGCUUCACAUGUAGGAGAUCUGCGACUGAGUUCGGCCCUAAUACUUAAAAAUGUUUUACUUGUGCCUGACUUGAAAUGUAAUUUGAUAUCAAUUGCGCGAUUAACCGAGGAACUGAAAUGUGAUGUAUUUUUUACUAAUGAUAUUUGUGUGAUACAUGACGUACCUUCGAGGAUGCCAAUUGGAGUGGGUCAACGACGUGGGGGAGUUUAUUAUUUUCGCAGUCUGGACAAAUUUCAAGCCCAUUCAGUCAAG